CCGGAAGUCAGGAAGAUAAGAUUCAGAGACGCACAUAAAUCCAUUUGCUUCGGUUCCACUCCGCUGCGUUCUUCUAACGAAGGGAUGGCCGCGGUUCUCCAGAGCUCGACCUCCUUCGCCUUCUCGUCCCUUCGGGGCCUUCCGAGCUCCUUUCUCUCGACACCUCGAAGCCCAUUCUUCGGCCUCUCCACCGCCAAACCUCUCUCUUCUUGGAGUUCCCUUAGCCGGAAGAGCAGCAGCAGCAUUAGAAGGUUGGUUUCCAAAUCCCCCUCGGCCAAGUACAUCAGAGAAGAUUAUCUUGUGAAGAAGGUGUCGGCGAAGGAGGUGCAGGAUUUGGUGAAUAGCGAGAGGAACGUCCCGCUCAUCGUGGAUUUCUAUGCUGCAUGGUGCGGGCCCUGCAUUAUAAUGGCCCAGGAGCUCGAAAUGCUUGCUGUGGAGUAUGAGAGCAAUGCACUGUUUGUCAAGGUGGACACUGAUGAUGAAUAUGAAUUUUCACGAGAUAUGCAGGUUCGUGGACUACCAACAUUGUAUUUUAUCAGCCCAGAUCCAAACAAGGAUGCUAUUCGAACUGAGGGGCUUGUCCCAUCUGAAAUGAUUAAAAACAUCAUUGAUAAUGAAAUGUGAGAAUAAUAUCUUGAAGGUUUGGUGUUGUAGCUGUUUUCAGCAUUGCAGUUUUGCUCGUAUUCUGCUAGAACAUCACUUAUCAGCAUCAAAUUGUACCACAGUCAUCCGCUCCCUGUUUCUGUUAAAGGUCAUUCGCAUGCAAUUCUAGUGACAUAGUUGGUGCAACUCCAAAACUCUACUUUUGUGAUUUGAAGGUAAGCUGGUUCAUAGCUAGGAUUGAUGAUGAUGACGGAACAGUCCCAAUACACGUAGAAUGUAGAACAAUACAAUAGAUCAGUAAGCAUGUUCUUUUAAGAUUUUUUUUCUUUCUUUUAAUUAUAGCAAAGUGAAAUGGUAAAUAAAAUAUGUGGCAGAACCCAUUGCAGCUUAGCAGUACUGCGAAGCCAUUCUCUAAUGGCUCAAUUGAUAAAGCCAUUGUAAUGGGCAUGGAUGCAAGAUGCAGGUUUUCUCC